CCGACCGCAUAGCGCUGCUUGAACCCGUCGGCCCUAGUCGCUGGCUCUCUAAGCGAAAAUGGCGGAUCGGAAGCGGGACAAGGAGAAGCUCAGAGAGCGCGACACUCGCGAUCAUCGAGACCGGGAGCGUGAGCGCGAUCCUGAUCGUGACCGCUUCCGCGACCGAGAUCGAGAUAGGGACCGGGACCGGGACCGGCGGGGGGGGAGGGGCGACAAGCGGAAACGCUCCCGCUCGCCGGAUCGAUAUCGCCGCCGUUCACCAUCUUCGGAGCGCCGCCGCUCUCGUUCCCGCUCAGCUGACAGGUCUCAUCGUCGGCAUGGUCACCGAAGCCCCCCCCCCCCCCCCCCCCCCCGCCGUAAGCGGCGGCGUGACGGAAGCGACGAUGAACGUGAGUCCCGCCGCGCUAAAGGCUCUGACGCAAAUCCUGCCAAUGGGGUUGCGAAGGAUCCGAAGAAGGUGGACCCACCAGUUGGCGGAGGUGAUGCAGCAAUGGAACUCACUGAGGUUGAUAGUGAAGAGAUGGAAAUGAUGAAGAUGAUGGGGAUACCGGUAGGUUUUGACUCAACGAAGGGCAAGCAUGUGCCUGGGGCUGGCGUUAGCGGGGUUCGUGCUGUGACUAAGAGGCAGCCGAGGCAGUACAUGAAUCGAAGGGGUGGCUUUAACCGUCCUUUGCCUUUGGAGCGGAAUCGCUAAUGAUUAGCAGCAAGAGGGAAUGAUUUUUGACUACUGGAAUCUAUAAUGUGGGAGUUUCAAAGUAGGGAGAAUUUU